CAAAAUGUCUACCCGAUAUUUCGACACAGUGACAUCUGCGAACGUAUAUGACGCCCAGCUCAAGGCCGAGAUAAAACUAGCAAAUACCGCAAUCACCAUCGACGACCUCCAGGCCUCCGGCAGCAACUGGGGCCGCCGCCAGCUGUUAGCCUGCCAGGUCAUCGUCUCGCUGACAGCUCACAACGUGCUACCCGCAUACAUAAGACACAGGGGAAAUGAAGGUCGGCCAGAAUCUCAGGAGGUCCAAGAUUUUCUCAAUGGACCUGACCCGAGUCUGAUGCACUACAGCACUCACUUCCUGAUUAGCGAGUAUGGUUUUUCUCUCGGUGAAAUGUGGGCUGCGUUGGCAUCUGUCAAGCACUACCCUCGUCCCCGUGUAGUUUCGAGCAACGAAGGAACACCAGAAGCAAAAAGAGUUCGACGAAGUACGGCUCGUGAAGGAUACGUCAACUCGGCCGGCUUCCAGAUUUCUAGCAGCAAUCCUGAAGACCGGUCUAGUCCGUCAGCUGGCAGUGACGGAUCUGGCGGUCCAAGUUACACCGAGCCAGAACCGACUCAAGAGCUUCCCGCCGAGGACAGUGCUGUUCUUCUGAUCACACGAGUAUUGCGCCACUUACUGUACUACACGCAAGCUCCCCGGUCAUCACGUGUAGUUGACUUUCGCCCCGAGCGACGUCGCAUCGUCUCUGACAUAUCUGAAUUGGAAAAACAGUUUGUUGGCAUUGACGAUGGUGGGUUGAGCCUCAAAGUCGAGGGGGGACUAUCUACAGAGCCGAACGUUGCGAUUGCACUACUUGAGGCUAAGAGACGGCUCGUUGUUGAUCAUGGCAAGCCCAAGAUUUCGGAUGAGUGCCUGGCUCAGAUGACUUGCGAGGCCAUGUUGGCCAGACUCAGACCUAUGGAGGAACAGCUCAACAAUGAACGACUUUGCGUCGAGAACCCGCGUUUCCAUGUUCACCCUCUUUUCUGGACUCGCAAGCACCUCCAAGUUCUACACUGCCAGUUCAAUCACGUCGACUCGGCUGCUCUCCCUCCCUCCCUCCCACCAUCGCCACCGCCCUCACCCAGUAACGACACCGACUCGGACCUCUCGCGACUUGUUCCACGGCUGAUAAACGGCCGGUUCGCCUCAGGCAGGUUCGCUUGCUUCAGCAAGUUGAUGCGUGCUCGCGGCAUCAUCAACGCCCAACUUCGACCUCACUUGCUCUACAAAAAGCUCAGACUCCAUACGCCCGAGUGCGAAGUCUUUCGGACCAACGACGUGUACAAUUUCGAGCAGCGGCCGGUUAUUGGGCACUUUCAGUACGAGGACCUCGUGAAACAGCGGGAACGAGCCAACAGGCCCAGACGCCAUCCCAUUCCUGGCGCCCGCAACCUUCCGGCCGAGAGACUCUACCAGCGCCGAUUACGAGACUUGACUCCCGCGCUGUGGUUUGAGGAUCCGUACUUGGUCUGCGUUCUGCUGUCUCUUGCCCAACUACAACGGCAGAAGGGCCAGACGACGCCAGAAACCUUCUUCGUCCGAUUGCUGGUAACCAACGCCUCCGACACGUCACACGCACACGUCUUCCAAGCAGACAUCCCCUCGAAGCUUCUCCACGCACUCGACAACCCGACCGAAGACAUGGACAACCUCGUCUGGCCAGCGAUACAGCACGUCCAGGUCCCAUUCAAACCGCACGCGAGCUUCUCGGAGCGAAUUGCUGGACAAUUACUCGCUGGUCUCAAGACACGGGCUGAGGAGGAGAUGCCGCGGGGAGAGAAGCGUAAGCGUGAUGAGAUGGAUACCGAGGAGCAGACAAAGAGCGUCAAGGUCUGGGAUGGUGCUGCGCAGGUUGCAGCAGUCCCGUUGGCCAACGGCUGAUGGAUCCUCUCAUCCAGCGCAACUAAGCUCAGUAUCUUGACACAGCUGUCUCGACGACUCCUUACCAACCAAUUCACCCGCCGGUGCAACCUACGAACCAUGACCCAGCCCGACCGACACGGAGCGAGGGCUUUCGAACGCCCUAGAGCGACGAAACAUAAUCUGUAUAGAGUAGCAACAUGUACAAUACAUCCUUCCAUAUCACCACUCACUCUGCAUAGCUACAUAUUCUCAUCCGCAACCAGGGUUUCGCCAUCUCAUGCAAUGCGCGUGAGUGUCGGCAAUCGAUGGGGACUGAGGACAGAACGUCAGUGUUUAGAGCAACACGUUUGAUAGGAACUAGAACUUUACGUGCAUAUCAUGCUAUUACCAAAUUGACAUGAGAUGGUCAGA